CUUCCCCACCUUGAGCCGAUCGCGUAUCUCCUCGUCCGUCAUACGAGCAUAGAAAUCGCUCGCAUGGAUGCACACGAACUCGUCCCCUUCUCCGUCCCCGACCCCACCUACGCCCGACCCACCGUUCCACCGAAUCGCCAGUGCCGACGCGCGAGGGCACCCGAUGUCCCUGACGACGCGUGCAGGGUCGGCGGACUCGGCCCACCACAGCGUGCGCAGGAAGCUGGGCCGCGAGACGCUGGAGCCGCCUCUGGAACGCGCGUGUGAACUUGGACCCACGCCAGGUGCCCGCAGAUGUCGGGAAGGAAAGACCAGCUCUAGACUCC